UAUUGGUUCGGAUUUGCAAAUUGCAUGUCAGUCAGAAAUUUUUAUUUAUUUUAAAAUUUCCUAGCUCGCUAACUAACUUUUCUAAUAUUUUUAGGAAAUCCUGUUGUUGUAUUGGGUUUUAUUUAAAUUUAAAAGCGAGACUCAAUUUUGUUUGGACUUUCCUUUAUUGUUGGAGCUGUUGCCUGUUGCAUAAUAGUUGGCAGAAGGUGGCAAAAGGGGGCAGAAACCGCACCCCCACCCCUUACUCUAUUUUGAAAAUACCCCCACCCUUAUUAAAAGGACCCAAAACCCUUCUUAUUCCGAGAGUAUAUAGUGGAUAUAGAUUGGCACAUAAUAAAUUAAGGAGAAAAAGUGCUCCAGUACUCAAUGAACAUACUAUAACAUCACCUAUUAGACCACCUAGAACUAACAGACCAAAAAGUUCAUCACAAUUAGCAGUAAUUUAUGAUACAGUGCAUGAACAAGGUGGAAGUUUAGAUUUAGAAAGUGAGUGGUUAUUGCAACAAAGAAUACAAGAUAUGGAUACACAACACGUGAUCUUAGAAACCGGUGACAAUGUUACAAGAGUUGAAACUGGUAUUCGCUAUUAUAACCCUCGUACAGAUUCUCCAACUCGUCCAGCAAGUACGGUAGUAUUACCUAUGUCUCUUGACGAUGAUAUGUCUGAUUCAGGCGAUUCCUGGGGAUCUGAUUUUGAUGAGAGCGGGGAUGUUGAAGAAAGUGAAAUUUACGAAGUUCUAGGACAACCCAGAGAGAAAGUUGGAACAGUUGAGUCAGAUUAUGAAGAUAUUGAAGGGUUUGUGGAAAAAUUGGAAAGAAAGAAGCCACCACUUCCUCCCAGGAACAGUGUUAUAUUUGAAAGUUUGAGUGACUCAUCAGAUCUUGAAAAGGAUACUUAUAUUCCAGUAGAGAUGGAAAAUGAGCAACAACUUGUUCAACUACCUCCCUUAAAUCAAAAUGCAGAUGAGUAUCAAGUUAAGCGAUAUCAAAUUGUGAAAUGCAUAAUUGAGAAUGAGAAAAUUUAUAUGAAGUCAUUAAAUAGAUUAAUUAAGGAAUAUGAAGAACCGUUACUUGAUCGAAAGCUUAUCAGUCAAGACCGUGUCAAAGUCAUUUUCAAACACAUCCAUGAAAUUCUGCAAUGUCAUCAGUUAUUUAACAUGGCGUUGAGUGAUCGUGCAAAUGAAUGGGACACAAGGGAGGUUAUAGGAGAUGUCAUUUUUGCAUCGUUUUCUAAGUCAACUGUAUUAAAGGCUUAUAACUCAUUUGUGUCAAAUUUCUCUGUUGCAAUGGAGAGCAUAAAGGAAACAUGCAAACUUGUCCCAGCUUUUUUGAAAUUCCUCAAGGUGUCAACUAAUGAAUUAUCAUCAUGUUAUAAUACAAUAUGCAGAACUAAAAAGUUUAAAUCCAUAAAAUUUAAUUCCAUCCCUAUUAACAAUCGUUUAUACCGACACAAUACCAAACAAUCUUUGUAUGACUUAAUGAGGCAACCACUUGAGCGCAUUCCUCAACUUGUAAUACUGACCCAAGCACUUGUGAAAGUCACUCCCCUUCUUCACCCUGAUCGACCACCGCUUCAGAUGGCACUGACUCAUUUAGAAUGUUUAAGCGAGACUCUUGCAAAAAAGCGGAAAGAUUCCAUGUGUAAACACAAAGUGAGGCAACUGGAUGGCUAUUUUACAGGUCUUGAUAAACCUCUUGCUUCAAAAAAGCGAUACUACAUAAGACAUGAUGAUAUGCUCCUUUGUCUUAUUGAAGACAAUAAAGUUGUUAAAACCAAACUUCGCAGGAUCUUUUUGUUGAGCGAUUUAAUUGUAUGUGCAAGUAUUCUCAACAAACAAAAGCAAUUAAAACUGAUGACAAAGAAGAAGUAUAAAGUGAAAUGGUGUUUACCUGUGAACGAUGUGGAAUUGAUUGAUGUUGGUUCUGGUAUUUCUAUAAAUAUCGACAAGAAAACAACAACUAUCAAAUACUCUCAAUCAAUUUCCAGUCCUCGACCGGGUGGAAAGAACUCUUCCCAAUUAAUUGAAGAUCUUCAACAUGAUAUAGCUUUGAUUGGCGAGAUUGCAGGAAAAGUGGCUUCACUGCGCAGAUCUUAUAGGUUUCUUGAUACGAAAAAAGUAAACAACUGGUUUAAAGAUGUGAAAAAUCUGCUGGAUCGCGAAACAGAAAUUGCUAAUAUGAAUUGGAUCGAAUUAUCCAUUCCAGUACGCGACAGACAAAACGAGCGCAUGCGCUGUUUAUUCAAUGUGCAUUCCCCCUACAAGAAACUCGAAUGGUCUGCGGAGUUGGAGAAUGUGAAGUUGCGGUUAGCACACAACAAUAAUCCAGGAUGGUUCUUGCAGGAAGAAAGCAUUUACGAUGGAGAGACAGCUGUUUUGAGAAGAACUCAACCGUUGGUUGCAAAUAUGGUACCCCUGUUUAUGAUUGAGCAGAAGUAUAGUGUUCAAUGUGUACUUGAGGUGUCAGACACCACCAUUCCACAUCCAAUGUUUUGGGUAUUCUCCGGCAACGAACACGUUGGUUUAAUAACUUUGAUGGAAAUGAAUAUGACGUCCGAGCCACAUGCUGUGGAGAGCUUCGUAGCGUGCAAGGCUAGAAUAUGUUGCGCCGAGUUGUCUCGUGAACCUGAAAUCUCUUCUGGCGACGGGGAUUACAGACCAAGUUUACUCGUUUGGAUUGGUACUAUGUCUGGCAGUAUUCUAUUAUUCGACCCUCACAGUGGAGAAGAGAAACCAUACACUUUUGCUAUGUUGAAGGAUUCUAUUACAACGUUAAAAUUUUCUCACGGUAAAAUGUUUGCAGGUUUGGCGAACGGGACGUUAGCAUGUUUUCAACGAAAAUUAGAUGGUACAUGGAACUUAAAAAAUCCUACUAUAGUGUGUUUGGGUGUAAAAUCAAUCCUUGCUUUAACUGAAGCUGGUAAAAAAUUGUGGUGCGCUUGUGGAUCAGAAAUAAUUAUACUGGAUGCAUUAACGUUGGGUGUUGAGAAGAAAAUAGACACGUGUGAAUGGAACAAAAUAGAUGUGAAACAUUUAGUAGCGUAUGGUAUUGGAGUAUGGGUUUCUUCCUGGAAGUCUUCAAAACUGCAGCUUUAUCACGCAGAAACGUUGGAACAUUUACAAACUAUAAACAUAACAACACCCAUAUCCAGGAUGAAAAGUGAGAUUGAUGGUAAAAUCCAGAGCAUCAACAUUGAAAAAAUCUACGUCACUGCAUUACUUGCGGAGAAGGGAUUACUCUGGGUGGGAGUCAAUCAAGGACUUAUCGUAACCUAUCCUUUGCCACGUCUUGGAGGCAUUCCUACAGUAGCAGGGCAAGCCUGCGUUUCGUUUCAUAUCCAUGAAGGACCUGUGAAGCACCUACACUCAUUUAGAAUAUCUACGAAACUGUUUCCACAAAUUGAAACAGCUUCAGAAGAACCAUUUGUAAAUAAUGGAACCAAAUACAUGAUGAUGAUGAUGAUGAUGAUGACGCUCUAUCAAUUAUAUAUUAGACAGGCAUUAAAUUGGUUGUUAUUGAGGUAUGUUUUGUGUUUAAGCUUACUAUGAUGAU